CCCACGGUAAUACCGUCAUGUAGCCGCGUGUUGAAAACUAAAAGAGUCUUUAUGCAUUCGUGAAGCAGAGGAAAGGACACGCAUAGCAUCAGAGAUUGUGCAAUCAUGGUGCUGUUGCAAGUGCUCUUUGAGCAUGCAGCCGGGUAUGCACUCUUUGUUGUCAAGGAGGUGGAAGAAAUUGGCAUGCUUUUGCCUCGGGUUGAAGACUGCAUUCUAAACAUGGGGAAAUUCCAUGGUAUGGUGAGCCUCGCUGCUUUCUUCCCAUUCAAGUCUGCUCAGGCUGCACUAGAAAAUAUUAACGCUAUAUCGGAAGGUGUGGUCCACGCUGACCUGAAGCUGUUCCUGGAGACUAACCUGCCCAUAGGGGGUAAGAAGAAAGCGAUGCUGGGGGUGGGUGAUGCCAAGAUAGGAGGAGCUUUGCAGGAGGAGCUGGGCCUGUCUAUCCAGACUGGUGGAGUGGUGUCAGAGAUACUGAGAGGUGUGCGUCUCCACUUCCACUCCUUGGUAAAGGGGCUGACUGCCCAGGCUGCCUCCAAGGCCCAACUAGGUCUGGGCCACAGCUACUCCAGAGCCAAGGUCAAGUUCAACGUCAACAGGUCCGACAACAUGAUCAUCCAGUCCAUCGCUCUCCUGGACCAGCUGGACAAGGACAUCAACACGUUCUCCAUGCGUGUGCGUGAGUGGUAUGGCUACCACUUCCCAGAGCUGAUCAAGAUAGUGACUGACAACUCUACGUACUGCAAGAUGGCCCAACUGAUUGGCAACAGAAAGGAGCUGAGCGAGGAGAGUCUAGAGAGCCUGGAGGAGGUAGUGAUGGACAGUACUAAGGCCCAGGCUGUCCUGGAGGCAUCCCGCAGCUCCAUGGGCAUGGACAUCUCUCCCAUUGACCUGAUCAACAUUGAGAGGUUCUCCAACCGUGUGGUCUCACUAGCCGCCUACAGGCUGGAACUCCAGGAGUACCUACGCUCUAAGAUGAGCCAGGUGGCCCCCAACCUGGCUGCCCUUAUAGGAGAUGUGGUGGGAGCACGUCUGAUCUCCCAUGCUGGCAGCCUGACCAACCUGGCCAAGUACCCAGCCUCCACCGUGCAGAUCCUGGGUGCUGAGAAGGCCCUGUUCAGGGCUCUGAAGACCCGUGGCAACACUCCUAAGUACGGUCUCAUCUUCCACUCAACUUUCAUUGGCCGUGCUGCCGCCAAGAACAAAGGGCGUAUCUCCCGUUACCUCGCCAACAAGUGCACAAUCGCCUCACGAAUCGAUGCCUUCUCUGAGGUGCCCACCUGUGUGUUUGGCGACAAGCUCCGUGACCAGGUGGAGGAGCGCCUGUCAUUCUACGAGACGGGCGAGGCGCCUCGCAAGAACCUGGAUGUCAUGAAAGAGGCUGUGAUACAGGCAGGAGAGGUGGCAGCUGAGAUAAAGAUCAAAUUGGAGAAAAAGGAGAAGAAACGUAGGAAGCGGGAGAAGCUGGCAGCCCUUUCCACAGGCGAUGAAGAGAAGGGAGAAUGUGACGUCGUCGCUGUGGUAAAGAAGAAAAGGAAGCACGCAGCAGAGGAAGCUGUCCAAAUGAAGGAGGAGGCUCCAGCAACCGAGAAUGGAGACCGCAUAGCCAAAAAGAAAAAGAAACGAAAGUGAGGCAAUAGAGGUGGUGGCUGAAGAGGCCCCCCAGACGGAGAAGAAAAAUGUUGAAUAGAGGAUUUGGAUGAGACUGCAAAUUUCUUAGUUCUGUACAGUAUUUUUUUUUAUUUUUUACUUAAACCACUCAAUGAGGUUGGAAGCAGAUUGACUUGUGUAAUCAGUGUUUGUCUCAAUUUUAUACCUUCCCCUCCCUAUCCUCAAUGCACUUCACACUGAAAGUGAAUAUUCAGCUCAGUGCCUUGAGGUUAAUGUAAUUAUACAUCCCUGUUAUGUAAAUAUUUUCAUGUCCAUUUUCUCUAUCAAAUAUGUUCCGCGUAACCUUGCUUUCAACCAUUUUUCAACUAAAUAUUAUAUAUGCUACCUAUCCGAUGUCUGAAAUAUACUGAAAAAAUAUAUAAAUGCAACAUGUUUCAUCAGCUGAAAUACAAGAUUGCAUCGAUGUUCCAUACACACA